AAGAAUAUGAGUACACAAAAGUCGCGGGAGGAUCAAUUCUUUGUACCUAUUGUAAGGUGUUUAAGUGUUUCAAUAACUUAUAGUGCAGAGGAAUAUCAUGAUAGGACCCACAAAUAUGUAAAACUGGAAGGAUGAGAUCUCUUUUUGAGCCGGCUGUGAAGAUUCGAUUGGUUCUAGCGUUCAACUGGGCCUAUCCAAGAUUCUAUGCUUCACCUGGACCCGUCCCUCUUUCUCUUCCCAUUCGCUUAUAAGAGCUCUUUGGCAACAUCUUUGAUCUGUGAAGUUGUAUAACUAAGGACAUACAUAAAAGCAGUAGUAAACAGUUCUCUUGAACCAAGUAUCAGGAGCAACAACAACAUCAUAGUCUGGAGAAUACAGAAGAAUCGUGAUUCGCAUUUGAAGGGCAAGACUAGACUGAAAUCAAGUACAGCAGAUCACUUUCAGAAGGCUAGAAAGAUGUACCAUCAUCACCACCAGGAUAAGAGCAUGCACCCUUCAACAAGAAUGUCUGUUCCUGAACGACAUCUGUUCCUGCAAGGUGGAAAUGGCAACGGAGAUUCAGGGCUUGUCCUAUCAACUGAUGCUAAGCCAAGAUUGAAAUGGACACCGGACCUCCAUGAGAGGUUUAUAGAAGCAGUUAAUCAACUUGGUGGAGCAGACAAAGCCACUCCAAAAUCAGUUCUAAAGCUUAUGGGGAUUCAAGGAUUAACCUUGUACCACUUAAAGAGUCAUCUUCAGAAAUACAGACUAAGUAAGAAUCUCCAUGGACAAGCAAAUGCUAGCGGGGCAAAUAAAGCUGCAGCAGGAGUAGAAAGGAUAUCUGAGAAUAGUGCAACAUGUAUGAGUAAUCCAAGCAUGGUACCCCAACCAAACAAAAAUAUUCAAAUAAGUGAAGCAAUACAAAUGCAAAUAGAAGUGCAGAGAAGGCUUCACGAGCAGCUUGAGGUACAACGACAUUUACAGUUACGGAUAGAAGCUCAGGGAAAAUAUCUGCAGUCCGUGCUCGAGAAAGCACAAGAAACUCUUGGAAGACAAAACAUGGAAACAGUAGGAUUAGAGGCAGUCAAGGUUCAACUAUCAGAAUUCGUAUCCAAAGCAUCCAAUCAAUGCCUGAACUCUCCAUUUCCGGAUAUAAAAGAGCUAUCAGGAUUUCACAGCCAACAAACACAAGCUACACAGCCAACAGAUCGUUCAAUCGACAGCUGCUUGACCUCUCGUGAUGGCUCUUUGAGGGACAACACAAUGCAUGAUAACCAAAUUGGAUUGAGGCCUUUCGGCUUUACACCAUCUAUCGAGCGUAAGGAUAUUGAAAAUGAUACCAGGCUACAGCAGACUGAACUACGAUGGUGUGACAACCUCAAGGAGAACAGAAGAUUAUUCUCCCCAAUGAACGAGGGUAGAGAAAAAACAUUCACCCGAGAGACGAACUGCAAUAACUUAUCAAUGAGUAUUGGACUUCAAGACGAAAAACUGAAUGGAAGCAUGAACCACUCUGAUGGAAACUUCAAUGGAACAGAGAGAGAUGUCAAACUAUUUCACCAGGUAACCAACAGAAGUGAAUCAGUGCCACAGAGGCACAAAUCUUCGCAAGAGUAUAAGCUGUCAUACUUUGAACCUAAACUGGAUCUAAACAUGCAUGAUGAAACUGAUGCUGCUUCAAGUUGUAAGCAAUUUGACCUAAAUGGUUUCAGUUGGAGCUGAGGAACCUCACAUAUAACAAAGGGCAAACCAUGAGAUCAGAAGACAGGUAAUUUGCUGAUAACAUUUUGUCUGAAAUAGAGGUCUUCACAUGGGAAACAUAGCCUUAUGGUUUCUUUGGAAGGAAAAAUUGAUGUAUAAUAAUUUAAAUUCAAGCUCUGUUACAAUAUUGUAACACCAUUCAAUCUGCAUUUUUAUUUUCUGAUCUCAUAUUUAACUUUCAUCCAUAGUUUCAUGCAGAAGAGUGUAUAUACAUUACUUUAUAUAGAAGUUGAAUCUUCCUUAACUCUGAAA